GUUAUGUUUGUCCAAAUCAAUCAUAUCAUAUAAAAAAUAAAAGAAUCCGAAAAGCGGUUACAAGACUUACCUCUUAGAACAUAUCAGGUUUCAGAGGGGCUUUGAAGGAUGAAGAUAGCUGUAGCAACAUGUAAUAGAGCAGACUACAGCAAACUGGCGCCUGUGCUUCGAGGAUUGAAACAGGACACAACAUUCCAGGUGUCGAUAGUGGUGAUGGGGUCGCACCUAAUUGACGACUACGGAAAUACGUACAGAUUCAUUGAGAGGGAUGGCAACCAAAUAGACAGUAUGUUGCACACUCUGGUGAGAGGGGAAACGGAAGGAGCGAUGGUUGAGAGUAUGGGUUUGGCCAUGAUUAAACUGCCAGAUAUCCUGAACAGGUUGCAGCCGGACCUUGUCAUGGUACAUGGGGACAGAUUCGAUGCCAUGUCUGUAGCCAUAUCUGCAGCUGUGAUGAAUGUGAGGGUGCUCCACCUGGAGGGAGGGGAAGUGAGUGGAACUAUCGAUGACGUCAUCCGCCACUCGAUCACGAAGCUCGCCCACUACCACAUCUGCUGCACCAAGGGCGCCAGACUGCGAAUUGAGAGCAUGUGUGAGGACUCUUCGCGAGUUCUUCUGGCAGGAUGUCCAGCAUACGACGAGCUCAUUCACACCGAUGUGUCCAAGUACCACGAGGCUUUUGAGAGAUGGCUACCGAAUCAUGUUGGGACCAAAAACUUCAUAAUUUGCGUUUAUCAUCCGGUCACAACUGCAAUAGCAGAGAGCAUUCAACAUUUUGGACUUCUCCUGGACGCCCUUCUUCACUUUGACGUCAGAACUGUCAUCUUGUUUCCGAAUGUAGACGCGGGAAGCAAGGAACUAGUUCGCUGUAUCCGCUUGCGAAACUUGGAAAACCACGAGAAGAUCUCGUGUUACAAACAUGUACCCUUUUCGGAGUUUGUAUACCUAAUGGGUAAUUGUGGACUGAUGAUUGGCAACUCAAGUGCUGGAAUACGAGAGUCAAAUGUAUUCGGAACUGCAGUGAUUAAUAUUGGAACUCGUCAACGCGGGCGACAGUCGGGAGCGAAUGUCGUGCACGUUAAGAACCCGACAAGUGCGGAGGACCUAUUGUGGCAUAUCAGGAGCCAGUUUGGCAAAGUGUACCCAAGGGAUUAUAUUUACGGGGAUGGACGGGCGGUGGAGCGAAUUGUCAAGUUCAUAAAAGAAAUCGACUGUGACUCGCCAGUUGAGAAGAGCUUCAAUUUCGACCGCAACUCAAGUGGUUUACGAGCGCCUUCCAAAGCAUCCUUCGGAGCCGAGUUUCCUCUUUCUCGCCAGGCACACUCCCUCCAACUGGCUCUAGCCGUGGAUCUAGGAGGGAGUUUCAUCCGAGUGGCUCUAGUGGAUGACCGGGGCAACAUUGAGAGAAUGAGAAGGACUGAGAUGGUAGAUUGUCCCGAUGAAAGAAUUGCUAUCAUAGUUCGCAUGGCUAAUGAUCUGCUGGAAAACAAGCGAGACUUAGUUGUUGGUGUAGGAGUGUCAACGGGCGGAAGAGUGAAUUCAGAAACGGGAGAAAUCCUGUUCGCAACUAAAGUGCUGAGCGGCUGGGGCGGAGUGGCUUUGAAAACUCGUCUUCAAGAGCAACUGGGACUACCGUGCUACGUCGAGAACGACGGAAAUUGUGCUGCACUAGCCGAGGUGCACUUUGGAUUGCAUAAGAUGGAAGACAUGGUCGUUUUGCACUUUGGAACUGGGAUUGGAGGAGGAAUAAUCCAGGAUGGGUGUCUGCUCAAUGGCAGCAGCUACUCGGCAGGCGAGUUUGGCCAUAUUGUGGUCUGUUUCGACGAUGGACCCGACUGUAUGUGUGGCAACUCUGGAUGCGUUGAGGCUUACGCAGGAGGGUGGGCGUUGAAUAAAUUGGCCAAAGAAAUGGAGCUCUCAUCCAAUUGGAGAAAAGAAGGCGCCGAUGAUCAAAAACCUGUCACUCCUGGUCAACCGAAUAAACCAACGUAUCUAACCGACUUGGCCAGCGACGGCGUCGAUUACGCAGUCCAACAUAUUAACCGAGCAGUGCGUGCAGUAGCUUCUGCGCUUCUGACCAUCUACAGCUCAUACAAUCCACCAGUGGCGAUACUGGCUGGUCCGCUGGCACCUGUCUAUUUCGACGGAGUCAAGAAUAAACUGGAAGAGAGAUCGGCUAUCUUGGGUCGCAAUUUCACCCUGUUGCAAUCAGAUAUGACGGAGAUGUCUCUGAAAGGAGCAGCUACUUUGAUACUCAAUAAUCCGAGCAGAGCAGUGCCUCAAAAUGCAAUCGUUUGAUAUUUGAACGAUUCUGCCUGCAAAACUUUUCGGCCUGCAAAACUUAAGGCUUAACCAACCGAACGGAUAUCUAGGGUUCUCGAAUGGGUCAAAAUUAACCAAUCAUGGUGAUCCAUUAGAUAAUUCGCUUUCGACAACGAACCUGUGUAUUUGUAUAACAGGAAAGACCGGAUUUUGCGAUUCUUUUAAAAGUACGGUCUUUCAAUGAUCUUGACCGUGGCUGUUUCAGCAUGUACUCUUGCUAUUUUAGUGGAGCAGGUGUUAGCAGAUGACAGCAUAACUCUAAGUUGACCGAAUAUUAUGAGGACCAAUUUUAAAUUAUCUUGUUCAACCAUUGUUAAUACAACCGGAAUAUUUUCGGUGUCUGAAUAAGUUGCAAAUUUGGAAAAACUAUAACUGAUAGCAUUUUCCUGCCUUUGUGUAUGAGGCUAAGCUUCGCCUCUGUAUAAUACAAUGAUGUACAGUAAUUCUAUUUCUUAUCAUUGCUUUCCUGAAUGUACCAUAUAGUCAUAGUGUAACAUAGUAGAUACCUUUGUUGCUAAAAAUUUAAACUAGUGGGUGCUACUUGGUCAAACUAAUUUAUCAAAUCACCCAUUCAGUCGCAUAUAAAAAAAUUUUGCUCAGGGUUGGGCCGCCUUGUUCUGAAGAGUUCUGGAGAAUUAACAUAUCAUAAAAUUUCGCAGAUGACUCAUUUUCAGUAUGUAUUUACUUUUAGUUCAUUUUUUCGUAUUUAUAGAAAGUAAUUUUUUGAAUCUUCAAUUAACAAUGCUUAAGAUAUUAAAUUGUUUUUCAUCCGAAGGACUUGGGAAGAGUCCAUCAUGAAGCACUUGUCUUUGAAGGUAAAAGGUGAACGAGGCGGUAGGUGAGCAUCAACAACAGUCGGGACAUACCUCAUACUAAUGUCCAAAACAUUU